AUGUGGAAUCAAAUCAAUAUGCGGAAUGUAUGGGCUCUAGCUAUAUCUCAGUAUAUAGUCAGCAUUGUAGACAGAGUCGUACAGAUUGCGCUUGUGGUAUCUGACUUGCAAUCACAAGGUGGUCGGAUGACACUUUUAUUUUUGUGUACAUCUUAUGUACGAGCCUGUUGCACGUUUAUGGUCUAUUUUGCGCUACCUGCAAUAGUGUUGGAAAGAUGUUUUGCGACAUAUUUCUUAGAGGAUUACGAGAAAAAACAACGUCCGUAUCUUGGACAUACCAUAACCUUGAUGAUGCUGCUCAAUGCCCUAAUGUGCUCAUAUACAUUUCAUGAAGCCGAUUCUACUUAUUUUCACAUUGGAUGUGUACUUGUGGUCAACAGCAUCGCUAUUGCGGUGAACAAGUUUAAUAUUGACACCAAUAAACGCUACUAUUACGAAUCCAUGCAAUGCAAUCGCAGCAACACAACAAGAAUUUACUCUUUGGGGGAACGUUAUCAAAUAGCACAAAAUAUUAAGGUGUGCAAGCUAUGCUCCGCUCCGAGAACGCAUCCCGAAUUUGUAAGUGUGGUGUCAACGAUGGGCUACGAAACACACGUACACCAGCAGCAGCAUGCAGCUUGUUACUUUGAUAUGCUCAAAAAAGACUGGUCGUGA